AUGUGUGUAGUCUCCAAUUUCCUCGAGGAAUUCGGGCUGCUAGCCCGCGCGAUCCCUCACGGAGGACGACGGGUCGGUCGAUGCUAUGGUUGCGGUCAUGAUACCCGUCAGCUGCGAAGUAGUUGUAGGGGCGGAGGUGGGCGUCGGCUCGCUGAGGCCGAUGGUGGCAGUAGACUCGCCCGCGUCACCCUUGUCUGUGUAUUUGGUCAGAGACAGUAUAUUAAGAGGUUAAGGAAAUCGGGACAAGGGAGAUCGUGUAUGAGUGCGGUGGAUGCGAUGCCGGAGAGCAGAAUUGGCCCGACGGCGCACAGACGCAGCAUGUUGGCGAUAGCGAGAGGACCGGCGUGUGUAAGAAUGAGAUGGAAAGCUGCUGGGUUUGAUGCUACGCCGGUGACUGGAUAUGGACUGGAAGAAGGUUGGGUAGCGAGGGCGCGGGAAGAGCUUUUAAGAGUUAGCAUUAGGAAGCUAUGGAAAGGAUGA